CCAAACUACUCUUGUAUGAGAGACAGGAGGUCUAUAGCAGUACUUACAGGACCAUCAGGAAUAACAUCUGACCAGAUUGGGACAUUGCUGGGACUCUACAGAUUUCCACAGUUUACCUUUGGGCCUUUUGAUCAUGCCCUGAGUGACCAUAACAAGUUUCCUGCUCUCUAUCAGAUGGCCCCACAGGACACAUCAAUAACCAUGGCCAUGGUCUCCUUACUGCUUCACUUCAGCUGGAACUGGGUGGGACUGUUGACUUCACAGGAUGAAAAUGGUUCAUGGUUUCUGGCUGAAUUGAAAGAAGAGAUGGCCAAAAACAGACUUUGUUUAGCCUAUGAGGUUGUGAUCUCAAGCCAAUCCAUGUCACAUAUAUUCAAAGUCAUGGCAGUUUACAAUGAGAUAAAUAAGGCUUCAGCAAGUGUCCUCAUCAUAUAUGGUGAUAAAGAUUCACUAAUAGUUAUAAUAAUGAGUCUUGAACGAAUUUUAAUACAAGGAAAAGUUUGUGUCAUGAAUUCAGAGUGGGAUUUCACCAUGAAAACGAGAUAUUUCAUGCUAGGCUCAUUGCAUGUACCUCUUAUUUUUAUACACCAUCAUGAGGAUGUUUCUGGAUUCAUAGAUUUUGUCAAGGCAAUUAAUCCUUCCAAAUACCCAGAAGACUUUUUUCUUGCUUGGUUGUGGUUUCUGACUUUUAAUUGCUCACAUGCUGAGUCUGACUGUGUAACAUGGGACAACUGUGCUCAGGAUGCCUCUUUGGAUUGGUUGCCUGGGCACAUUUUUGACAUGACUAUGUCUGGACACAGUUACAAUAUAUACAAUUCUGUGUAUGCUGUGGCCCAGGCUCUCCAUGAGAUGCUUCUUCAUCAAACAGAAAUUCAAAUGAUGGGAAAUAGCAAAGGAGCACUGCCUUCCCCUGCACAGUGCUCAUUAUGUAGGAUCUUCAAGAACUAUCAGUUUGUUUUGGCUUUGGUUUUUGCUAUUGAGGAAAUCAACAAGAAUCCUUAUCUUUUAUAUAACUUGACCCUGGGAGUUGAUAUCUAUGAUGUUGAAUUCAGAGCUUGGACAAUUUUUAAGAAUCCCUUCAUUUGGCUCUUUGGGGAAUACAAGAUUCCAAACUACUCUUGUAUGAGAGACAGGAGGUCUAUAGCAGUACUUACAGGACCAUCAGGAAUAACAUCUGACCAGAUUGGGACAUUGCUGGGACUCUACAGAUUUCCACAGUUUACCUUUGGGCCUUUUGAUCAUGCCCUGAGUGACCAUAACAAGUUUCCUGCUCUCUAUCAGAUGGUCCCACAGGACACAUCAAUAACCACGGCCAUGGUCUCCUUACUGCUUCACUUCAGCUGGAGCUGGGUGGGACUGUUGACCUCACAGGAUGAGAAUGGUUCAUGGUUUCUGGCUGAAUUGAAAGAAGAGAUGGCCAAAAACAGACUUUGUUUAGCCUAUGAGGUUGUGAUCUCAAGCCAAUCCAUGUCACAUAUAUUCAAAGUCAUGGCAGUUUACAAUGAGAUAAAUAAGGCUUCAGCAAGUGUCCUCAUCAUAUAUGGUGAUAAAGAUUCACUAAUAUUUAUAAUAAUGAGUCUUGAACGAAUUUUAAUACAAGGAAAAGUUUGUGUCAUGAAUUCAGAGUGGGAUUUCACCAUGAAAACGAGAUAUUUCAUGCUAGGCUCAUUGCAUGUGCCUCUUAUUUUUAUACACCAUCAUGAGGAUGUUUCUGGUUUCAUAGAUUUUGUCAAGGCAGUUAAUCCUUCCAAAUACCCAGAAGACUUUUUUCUUGCUUGGUUGUGGUUUCUGACUUUUAAUUGCUCACAUGCUGAGUCUGACUGUGUAACAUGGGACAACUGUGCUCAUGAAGCCUCUUUGAAAUGGUUGCCUGGGCAUAUUUUUGACAUGACUAUGUCUGGACACAGUUACAAUAUAUACAAUGCUGUGUAUGCUGUGGCCCAGGCUCUCCAUGAGAUGCUUCUUCAUCAAACAGAAGUUCAUAUGAUGGGAAAUAGCAAAGGAGCACUGCCUUCCCCUGCACAGCUGCACCUUUUCCUGAACAACAACCAGUUUUACAAUCCUGCUGAAAAUCACAUUAUUUGGGAUGAGAAAAGGAAAUUGGAGCCAGAGUAUGACAUUCUGAAUAUUUGGAACUUUCCAGAAGGUCUUGAACUUGCAGUGAAAAUAGGAAAGUUUUCUCCAUAUGCUCUACAUGGCAAUCAACUGUCUUUAUCUGAAGAUAUGGUAGAGUGGGCCAUAGGAACUACAGAGACUCCUUACUCUAUCUGCAGUGAGAGUUGUGGUCCUGGAUUCAGGAAAUCUCCUCAGGAGGAAAAGGCUACCUGUUGCUUUGAUUGUACCCCUUGCCCAGAGAAUGAGAUUGCUAAUGGCACAGAUAUGGAGCAUUGUGUGAAGUGUCCAGAUCAUCAGUAUGCCAACACACAGAGAAACCAGUGCCUCCUGAAAACUGCAAGUUUCCUGGCUUUUGAAGAUCCCUUGGGCAUAGCUCUGGCAUGCAUGGCUCUUUGCUUCUCUAUACUAACUGUUGUUGUUCUUGGAGUGUUUGUGAAACACAAAGACAGUGCCAUUGUCAAGGCCAAUAACCGGACUCUCAGCUACAUCUUGCUCAUCUCCCUCAUUUUCUGUUUCCUCUGUUCCUUGCUCUUUCUUGGCCAUCCCAACCCAGUCACCUGUAUCCUACAGCAGAUGACAUUUGGAAUUUUGUUUACUGUGGCUGUUUCCACAGUGUUGGCCAAAACUGUGACUGUGGUUUUGGCCUUUAAAGCCACUUCCCCAGGGAGAAUGAUGAGGUGGCUGCUGGUAUCUGGGGCUCCUAACUUCAUCAUUCCCAUCUGCACCCUCAUCCAGGUGAUGCUUUGUGCACUCUGGAUGGGAACCUCUCCUCCCUUUAUUGACACAGAUGCACACACUGAACAUGGUCACAUCAUCAUUCUGUGCAACAAGGGCUCCCUCACUGCCUUUUACUGUGUCCUGGGAUACCUGAGCUCCCUGGCCCUGGCCAGUUUCACUGUAGCUUUUCUGGCCAGAAACCUGCCUGACACCUUCAAUGAAGCCAAGUUCCUCACCUUCAGCAUGCUGGUGUUCUGCAGUGUGUGGCUCACCUUCCUGCCUGUCUACCACAGUGCCAAGGGGAAGGUCAUGGUGGCUGUGGAGGUCUUCUCCAUCUUGGCGUCUGGGGCAGGGCUCCUUGGCUGCAUUUUUGCCCCAAAGUGCUACAUCAUCUUCUUAAUGCCAAAUAAAAAUUCUCUACAUGGUUUCAGAGAUAAAAGGCAUUGUAGGAGAAAUAUGCAUGCUUAUGAUUAA